CGUUAACGUGGCUAUUACUAGUUGACUCUAGUGACUCACAGGCAGACUAGUAGUCAGGCCCCUGUAAUUCCUGUGUUUGGAAGUAGUAACCUUUUUCGGACAAUUCCUGUGUUGGUGCAUUAUUGCCAACUUGAACUCGAUAGGCAUAGAAUGUGACCGGCCUGCUCUUUACAUGCUCCUUCGCCGACAUCUCAAUUUUUUCAUAUCAACUCGACUUCAGACACGACUCCGACCUUUCAUCAUGUCCUUGAAGACGAUCGCAGUUUGCGAUGAAUCUGAGCUACAGGAUGGUCAAAUGAAACAAGUGGACUUUGAGGAAGUGGGAAAGGUGGUCUUGUAUCGUCUGAACGAUACCAUUCAUGCAACUAGUGCCUUUUGUACUCAUUAUGGCGCGCCCCUAGCCAAGGGCGUGCUAACUGCGGAUGGUAGGGUCGUCUGUCCUUGGCACGGAGCUUGCUUCAGUGUUUGCACUGGCGACAUUGAGGACGCACCAGCUCCUGCUGCAAUUCACUCUUUCAAGGCGAGAGUCGUGGACGGCAAGAUCAACGUGACCGCUGAUCCCUCGCUGACCCUCAAGAGCAACAUGAGUCGUUCGCCUAAGCUCCUAUCGACUGGCGUCGCUGGAUCAGGGAAAAGCGUUGUCAUUAUCGGUGGAGGAUCCGCUACGUUCCACGCCAUAGAGAGUCUUAGAGAGCAUGGUUAUUCUGGAAAUAUCACAAUCCUUUCCCAAGAGAAACAUCCCCCGAUCGACCGAACCAAGCUAAGCAAAGCUUUGAUCACAGAUUCGUCAAAACUUGAAUGGAGGACGGCCGCUGACCUCAAGAUCAAGUAUGGUACCACCCUCCGCACUGGCGUCACUGUAACCUCCGUGGAUACAUCUUCCAAAUUUGUUGUCUUUGAUGGAGGAAAGGAAUCCAUAUCCUACGAAACUCUGAUUCUCGCUAUGGGGGGUACUCCUCGUCGAUUACCUAUUUCUGGAUCAGACCUCGGGAAUGUAUACACGUUCCGUAGCAUCGAGGACUCGAAAUGCGUUGAUGCAGCGGCUCAAGAAGGAAAGCGAAUGAUUGUUAUUGGAAGUUCCUUCAUCGGCAUGGAACUCGUUGUUGCCGUCGCCAAGCGGGGACUUGCAUCCAUCGAUGUCAUCGGCAUGGAAGAGCACCCUUUCCAGAAUUUGCUGGGCAAAGAAGUGGGCCAAAGCCUUCAGAAGUAUCACGAAUCUCAAGGUGUCAAGUUUCACCUGGGGACACAGGUCGAGAAGAUAAUACCAUCGGAGAGCGACCCUUCGCUGGCUGCUGGUGUUGUUGUCAAUGGACAGACUCUUCCCGCCGACUUCAUCAUCAUGGGCGUCGGCGUGGCUCCAGCGACCGAAUUCUUGAAGCAAAGCGGCUUCCAGCUCGAGAAGGACGGCGGAAUCAAGGUUGACCAAUAUUUGAAAGUCCAAGGGCAAGAUAACGUUUAUGCAGUCGGAGAUAUCGCUUGGUACCCACAACAAAAUACAGGAGAGAGUCGUAGGAUAGAACACUGGAACGUUGCAGGUAACCAUGGCCGUGCUGUUGGUAAGACGAUUGCGGGUAGUAACCCACAGCCGUUUGUGAAAGUGCCAGUUUUUUGGAGCGCCCAGGGACAGCAACUUCGUUACUGUGGUCUUGGAGCUGAUUAUGAUGAUGUUAUUAUACAUGGCAACACGGACGAAAUGAAGUUCAUUGCAUACUAUGUCCAUCGCGGCGAAGUUGUUGCUGUAUCUAGCAUGCAAAAUGAUCCGGUCGUCAGUAAAGCAUCUGAGCUCUUGAGACUUGGACUCAUGCCAUCCCCUGCCGAGCUCAAGGCAGGAAAGAGCCUUCUCAGUAUCGAUAUCUCCACGGCUUCCGCAAAGCGUCAGGUCGAAUCUGUUUGAGUGAUCACUAGGAAAAAUGUUUGUUCUUCAGGAUACGUAAGACUGAAAUUUUUGUACAUUAUUGCUACGGGAAGGUGCCGCGAAUUGAAUACUUGUUAAACCUUCA